CCCAGCAAUAACAAUCAGUUGUCGCGUUCACCUGUUGCAGUGCAGUGUGAAAAGUGUGCUCACGAAUUUUCAGUUUCAGUGCGUAUUCUAGGUCGGUCUCGUGAAAAGAAAUCAUCUCAAUGAACUAGAUUUUGAAAAAUUAUUAGACACCUCCAUUAUCGAAUGUGGUUUUUGGUAAAAAUGAUUUUCAAGACCAAAGUUGAACGACUGGAUACCGUUGUGCGGAGAAUUUCGUUUUUGAUGGUCACGUUUUUAGCAUUGUAAUUCAGUCAUUGUUUCACUUUUUCUUAUCGAAAACCACGCGACAAUGGGGGUACGGUAAAGAGAUUUUUUUAAACGGAUUUGGCUUGUCACAGGGGCCAAUGUUUUAUUUUGAAAGAUGGUAUCAUCGGGAGUUAUCUGGUGUUUGAAAGACAAUCGCUGGAUACCUUUACAAUUGUCAUCAAUAAGACUACACGGAGCUUUAACAGAGGCCCAUUGGGCCGCGAUUUCGGAGUUUUUACAAAGGUGUGCCAACAAACAGCUCGUUCUACAAGAAAAUGGAUUUGCCGAACUCACCGAUAUACAGAAAGAAAUUCUAUUUAAACAAAAAUUCAAUAAUUGUGAUGGAAAUUUACCAAAUUGUAAGGUGAUGAAUUUUGAUGAUACGAUUAAACCGGAAAGGAAGACAAGUCUAGGACAAAUUCCGGAGGAUAAGGUUGUGGAACAGCCACGGAGACCGUCGAUGCCAGAACUUAGAACACUACGUAGACAAUCGAAUUUAUUUAUUAAUAAUUUAUUACACAAAGAGACUGAGAAACAGACUGAUAGACAUAGUCAAAACGAUGAGUUAGUACUAAGACUAUUAAAGAAGUAUUGCCAAUACAGUAGAGAUGCUCUUGAUGAUGAUAUUAUUAACGCUUUAGACAAUAUUCCCGAUCCUGAACCCGAUGAAGUCGCGAUAAAACCAAGGCUUCGCAAAACAAGUUACGUCCCUAGGGAAAACGAUUUGUACGAAAAUUGUCACGAAUUACCCGAAGGAAACGAACGAAACGAACACUUGCUCUGGUGGUUGAACCAGCAAAACGUCACAAUUCCUGCGACCCGCAAACUAUCCCAAGCCUCAUCAGGAUUCGAAAGCUUAUCGUCGAGUCGCUGCUCCUCCAGCAGGAAAAGCAGCGUCGAUUCCGGGAGUUUUUCCGAGAAUGAAGAAAACUCCAGCCAAUGGAGUCGCGUGAAAAACAAUCUAAACGAGAAGCGAUUUAAGAAGCAAAGGGAAGCUUGGGCUCGCAACCGAAGGAAACUCAGCAACGAAACGGACUGUCUUCUCAGUCAACCAUGGUAUUUCCGGAAAAUCAAACGUAUCGAAGCGGAGAAGAAGCUCCUACUUCCCGAGAACGAACACGGCGCAUUUUUGAUCCGCGAUUCGGAAAGCCGGCACAACGAUUACUCGUUAUCAGUCCGUGAUGGAGAUACCGUCAAACAUUACAGAAUCAGGCAACUGGAUGAAGGUGGUUUCUUCAUCGCGCGGCGAACGACGUUUAGAACGCUUCAAGAACUAGUGGAACAUUACAGUAAAGACCCAGACGGUCUGUGUGUCAAUCUGUGCAAGCCAUGCGUUCAGAAUUUCUUAACGAUAUCAGAGAUCGAAAAACCCCAGCCGGAGGGCUUAUCACACCGCACAAGGGACCAAUGGGAGAUCGAGCGUUCUUCGCUGAAAUUCGUCCGAAAAUUAGGCCACGGCCAGUUCGGCGAAGUGUGGGAGGGUAUGUGGAACAACACCACACCCGUUGCAAUAAAAACCCUCAAACCUGGAACGAUGGACCCGAAAGAUUUCCUCGCAGAAGCACAAAUCAUGAAAAAACUUAGGCAUCCGAAACUGAUCCAACUCUAUGCCGUUUGCACGGUUGAAGAACCGAUUUAUAUCAUCACAGAACUGAUGCGAAACGGCUCGCUGUUGGAACAUCUACAGGGUAAAGGCAAAAGUCUGAAAUUGCAGCAAUUGAUCGAUAUGGCCGCACAAAUAGCCGCCGGAAUGGCAUAUUUAGAAUCGCAGAAUUACAUACAUAGGGAUCUAGCGGCGAGGAAUGUUCUCGUGGCCGAUAAUAAUGUAGUGAAGAUCGCCGAUUUCGGACUCGCCAGGCUUAUAAAGGAAGAUGAAUAUGAAGCGCGAGUCGGUGCAAGGUUCCCCAUAAAAUGGACGGCUCCCGAGGCGGCCAAUUACAAUAAAUUUUCGAUAAAAUCCGACGUAUGGUCGUUUGGAAUUCUCCUGACUGAGCUCGUCACAUACGGCAGAAUACCAUAUCCAGGUAUGACCAAUGCCGAGGUGUUGCAUCAAGUCGAGCACGGGUAUCGCAUGCCGUCGCCCCCCGGCUGUCCCGCGCCGCUCUACGAUAUCAUGUUAGAAUGUUGGAACCGUGACCCAAUGAAAAGGCCGACGUUUGAGACGUUACAGUGGAAAUUAGAAGACUUUUUCACCAUGGAAGGUUCAGAAUACAAAGAAGCGUCGGCUUACUGAGGUCACGCCCACCCCCCUGCUGACUGGCUGCGUAAUUCGAUUGACUUACACUACCAUUAGUGGGGAGGUGGAUAUCUAUUUCUAUGUAACAAUAGAUAGAUAUGCCCGUACUCUUAUUUCUUGUCGUGACUAUGCUUGUGUUUGAAAUAAUGGUUUGUGAAGUUUUAUCAGAUUUUUACACGUCGACUAGGUAUCACAAACCACUAUUUUGCGAUUUUAAUUUUAAACUUUGCUUCCUUUUAUACAUCGUGAAUGGGGCUCUUCGCUCUGGCUCAUCUAUUUUUAAAUAUUCUUUAUAUAAUAAUUUAUUUUAAGAUUUUAUGUAAUUUUAUAGUGAAAUUCGACAACGUUAAAUUUUCCCCGAUUGAAACUUUUAAACGCACAAUUCGUGUCUACCAAUAAGAAUGAAACGAUGUGUAAUUGUUGCUUGUGCAUAUUACCUAAUUCCCCUAAGUACUUACGCUUUUGCAUUUAUUUUUUAAAAACGAAUAACAUUCCUCUCAAGUGACACUAUCCGAUAUCUCUAGCGUUAUUUCCCAGAUGCCCUACAGUUAUUAAAAAUCGGUACUAAUUUAUGAAAGGCGUUGUUUCUUGGUUGUUUUAGUCACAACUUAUGUCUUCAUUAUUUUAAGAUUGUUAUUAAAGGCAUUGUUUAUACAGUUAUAGGCCAUUAUGAAAAUAUUUUUUGUAUUAUACACUUAGAAUAUACAAUAAAAGUCCUUUACAAUU